AUGCCGUCUUCCAUACCAGAACGCGAAGGCUUCCGGCACAAGUUACGCCAACGGUUUAGCCAAUUUCGACAUCAAUCAGAGGGUCGCUUGAAAGACACUAGCAUCAAGCAAAACAGUUCCACUUCGAGUUCUCAGUAUGCAAAAUCCACUUCCGGCUCAUUGUCUGUCAGCCAAGCGAGUGAUAUCUCUGGGCAGUCAAAAAAACCUAGCCAUGACCAAGCUGGGACUCAAACGGGUCAGGGCGAGGUCCAUUCGAACGAUUUUGAACAUAAAUCGGCCCCCAAUAGGCUGGCGCCCGGUGCCGACACUGGCUGUGGUGUUUCUUCUUCAAAUCUUUGGAGUGCGGCAUACCGCGAGGCAAUUGAAAGUCUCGGGGAGGAGAUAGACAUUGCUAUUUUGAAGGGAGACAAUGUCGCCCAGCUUUUUCUUAGGCUCGAAGAGAUCGACAAAGAGGUGACUCAAGAAUCUAGCUUUGUACGGGGUGUGAACUAUUUGCGGUCCAUACAAGUGCCACUUGAGAAAUUCAAGCUGGCACUGGAUUUAGCGAGUCCAUUGGCAAACAUUGAACCAAUUGCAACAACAGUUUUUGGUGUGGUCAGAAGUGUGACUGCGAUCGCUAUCAGCAUGGCUACUGCUGAUUUGGAUUUUGCCAAACAAAUUGGAGACAUGCUAGAGCAAAUUUCCUACAUUGACGAUUGUGACACACUGGGCCAGAAGUCGAACAAGGAAGAUAUCCACAAGGCACUUGUCUUAGUGUAUCAGAAAAUACUCGAGUUCUACUCAGUCGCAUUUGAGAUAUUAACUAGGAAAGGCGCAAAAUUGAUGAUGACAAUGAUCCUGGAAAAUGACCGCCUUCCAAAUGUUGUCAAGGAAUUUUUGGAACUCUCCGCAAAUCUCCGGAUCCUUGUGCAAAAGGCGACAUGGGAGAUUGUGGAAGACAUCAAAGCCAUGCUCUAUGAUCGUGAAAUUGCCAGAUGGUUAGGAAGUGACAAAAUGAGCCGUCAGAGUCAAUACCAUGCCACUCUACAAGAUCUUCGGGCAGACUCCGCAUGCGAAUUCUUACUGACAAAUACGGACUUCAUCGACUUCUGUCGCAGUCCUGACUCUCGGGAAUUAGUGAUUCUUGGCGAUAUGGGCUGUGGGAAAACUGUUACCAUGGCAUAUCUUGUAGAUGAGCUGAGUCGAAGAAAUGUACAUCAGCUUCCUCAGCCUAAAGUAUGCUAUUACUACUGCCGGGACGACGAGACGGGCCAAGCGAUUCACAUAUUUCCCGCACUUAUUCUAUCGCUUCUUGAACAACUUCCUGGUCUGAAAAAGUCAUUCUUCGAAUGGUAUAAAGAGGCCCAGGCUUCUGGAAUUUUUGACCCUGCGAAAAACGUCAAAAAGCUAGAAGAGGCUCUACAAAAUAUCCUAGAAGCAGUUGACCGCACUGUUUUCGUCAUCAUUGAUGGUCUGGACGAGUGCGAUAGAGCAUCUCGGAACAACCUGCUCAAGUUCCUAAGGACUCUUAUGCAAAAAAUCCCGGGGUUCAAAGUUAUACUAUCUUCUCGUCCUCAAGAAGAGAUAUUGAAACAGCUGGAUGGAACGGCUAGGAUCGACUUGGCCUCUAACUCUCAGAGAGAUCGCAUCAUCGUUGAAAAGACAGUUGAAAAUAAAUUGUCUCAUCUCUCGGCGAAUGUCAAGGAGCUCGUUAUAGAGAAGCUAUCUCAUUUAGCGCAAGGAAGCGCAAUAUGGACGAAGAUGGUCAUUGAGCUUAUUGAAGUUCGUGGGAUCAUGGCGUUCGACCCAAUGGAACGCUUUUUGAGGAAAAUGCCACUGCCUGGACAGCUGUCAGAACUUUAUACCACAUUAAUUUCACGCUACUGUUCAAACGAUCCGGAAAACCAGGAGCUUGCUCGGGUUGCCCUCAAACUCCUCGCCGCUUCUCACAGACCUCUUAGCAUACUAGAACUCAGCUGGGCCGUGACACUGAACACAACUGAGCAUGUUACCACCGUGACAACUCUUGCAAAAUUAGUAGAUCAUCAAAGAGUCAUGAGCCUUAUUUACCCAUUCAUCGCUCACAUCGAUUUUAAUGACCUGAAAAGACGUCAAGUUCGACUCAUACACCAAUCUGUGAAGGAGUUUGUUCUAGAGGAAUGGACACUGGAUCAGCCUUGUAUACAAGACUUAUCCUUGGCUGAGAAUGGUAGAACGAUUUCUGAUCAACGUGCGGGUAGCCUGGAGGCAUUCAUCUUGAAUGUUUGCAUCAAAUAUCUCCUCCUAGAAGAUAUUGGUAAUGAAUCUCUAUUUUCUGAGGAGCAAGUGGCAAUUUUUGAGCUGCCCCAAGGGUCCGAGCUUUUUACGGACAACAUAGAGCCGAUCGAGUAUGACCGAUAUCAUUCGUGGGAGUCGUGGGAAGAAGACAUGAUUCACUACGACCCUACUGAGAGAGGCUUUGGCGAGUUUUUCGUCUAUGCAUCAUGUUACUGGCUGGAGUAUUUUGGCGUUGUCGCCAUUCAACCUUUUCCAAGCCUAGCAAGCAUAGAAGAUUUGUGCCAGGCUCGCUCCACUCGGCUUUCUAAUUGGACGGAACAAAACUGUCGUCCGGACUGCGCAAUCAACCCCAGAUUUUCAUUUGAUGGUAAUCUACAUGAUCCUCUCAGCAUCACUUCGCUGUAUGGCUCAGAAACUAUGCUGCUUUAUAUGCUUGAAAACUCGGAAUUUAACAAGGAGAAGUACUUUGAAAAUCCAGCUAUGAGGGCAGCAGAUCAGAUUAUACUGUGGGGCGACGUAUCGAGGCUGAGGAUACUCUUAUCAGACCCUAAACUUGGUCGUCAGUUGCAGAACAUUGAGUUUUUUCGACUCAUUAUUAAAAACUGGAUGCACCCCCCGGCAAAUCGACACCACUGGGAUCUUGUGUUUGAUCUAGUCAACGAUUUUUCUGACCAAAUGGUCCAGGAACAAUGGGGGAACGAAAUAUUGUGCAUAGCUGCUGGCGUAGGUUGUAUGCCCAUGGUUCAACGGUUGAUGAUCAACGCCCGGCACCACACACAGCUUAAAAGUGAAUUGCUGCGUGAAAUUUCAAACAACCGAUACCACUCUCAAUACGACAAGCCCCCCCAUCAAUCAAUUGGAGAGGCAACCAUGGGAAACCACAUUGAUGUUGUUAGAUUCUUAUUGGAUGAGACUGGCAUUGAAAACCACCUCAAAUACCGAAAUUCUCGAGGAGAGAAUGUGUUGCAUUUGGCAUCAACUCGCUGUAACCCAGAGAUGUUCCAUCUUUUGGUUCCCCGUUUUCAGCAGGGUGUCCAUCAGGUGGACGACCAAGGAGACACAGCCCUAGUGCGGGUUAUAAAAAACACCUCAGCCUCACAAAACCGAUAUGAGUCUGCGAGAAUACUGCUUUCACAAAGCGAUACCGACUGGAGCAUCCAUUCUUGGGAUGGUCAACAGGAUCCCUUGCGUGCCGCCGUGAAGCUUGGGGAUGUAGAGAUGUGCCAGCUUUUAGUCUGUGUUGGCAAAAUUAAUCCUCUUUCGGCCCUGGUCUGUGAUAGCGAUAACGAGGGUAAAAUGGGAUUGAAAGAUACGACCCCUGAAAACGAAGAUAAUAGGCAGCAAAUUUUGGAUUUCCUACGUACACAUACUGGCACUACACCGACACCAGUUCAAAGUUAA